AUGAGUGAAAUCGAAGAAGUACAAGAACAACUGAAAGCCAAUAUGGAUGCCAUGAAGGAACAAAUGACAAAGAUGAUGGAAGCAAUGAUGAGCAUGAGAAAGAUGAUGGAGGAUAACACUACUACAGUUGUUGCUGCAAGUAUUGCCACUGAGAUGGACCCAAUUCACCCGACCGGUUUCAAUCAAGUGAAUCGUCCAGUCUUAGAUCUAGUAGUUCAAGGGGGCGAGGCAACGAAAAAUGCAUGCGGGCCUCAUCAUGUUCAGAACGCUCCUGGAAUAUCUCAAUGUUGCCUGUUAUCACAACCCUUGCAUUUUGUAAGGGGAGAGGGGCCUUCCAUAGUACUUGAGAAGGAAAUGAUUGAGCAUAUGGAUGAGAGGCUACGAGCUAUUGAAGGAGGAGGAAAUUAUGCCUUUGCUGACAUAGCAGAGUUGUGUUUGGUACCUGACGUGGUUAUUCCUCCAAAGUUCAAGGUGCCAGAUUUUAAUAAGUACAAGGGAAUCACUUGCCCAAAGAAUCACCUGAAAAUGUAUUGUAGGAAGAUGAGGACGUAUGCAAAAGAUGAAAAGUUGUUGAUGCAUUUCUUCCAAAAAAGUCUUGCUGGGGCAGCUAUUACCUGGUAUACUAACCUAGAACCUUCCCGGGUCCAUUCCUGGAAGGACCUAAUGGUUUCUUUUAUUAGGUAG